CGCCGACCAAGAGCGACCGUGUAAAUAUGUGCCAUACUAGCGUUUAGUGUUUCUCGUUAAAACGUCGACCAAUCGGUUUUGACGAGAAUAUUAUAAUAACUAACAUAAAAUCCAACGUGUCAAUCGAUUUGAUUAUAUUGUUUAGAAUAUUUUUUAACGUUAUGAUUUGAUACUGAGCGUUACGUUAGUAUUUUCUUUUUUGUAUAGCACAACAAUUUAUAAUAAUUAUAAUACAAACCAAAAUAAUUUCUCUCGCUUCACUUAGCUAAUUUAAGUUAAAAGCUUGGAUCGCGAAUCUCUACGGAUACGACACAAUACCAAUAUUAUGUCCGAUGGAGAACGGAUCUCAUUCGUCCACGUUCAAACUAAACAUUGUGACUCACCCGAAGAGAUCGAGGGGUGGUCAAGGACCUCUGACGUUAUUUUCUUUUGUCGCUGCCAAUGCAAGAGACGGUACCCAGGUAACAGAAAAACGUUUGCGAGACGUUUCGGAAACACUGAAAAACAAUUUCGCCAAAGGCACUGCGUUGAAAUGCAAAGAAAAAAACGUCUAUCCAAUGGUUCAUUUCACCGAAGACCGAGAUUCUUUAAUGUCAGUGCUGCAAGAUCAAAAAGACCUUGGUGAAUACUUCCAACUUCACCAAGGUGUUUAUCGAGAAAUCAAAAGCAUCGAAUGUGAAGACGGCGAUGGACCGUUUUUAACGACCUCGACGAGCGUCUCGUACAUAGUGUCUGGAUUCAAAACACUCGACAGCAGUCUAGUAGAGGUAAUGAUCGAGUCGUGGAGGGACUGGACGGGAGCAAGACAUAUGUACUUGCACAUGCCAUAUGACCUGGGCUUACAGAGGAUCUCGUUGUUAAAGAAAGUAGCACCGGAUUCUAUAAACGCUUUUACAUACGUGGUGCUCGCCGAAUGUUUGAAUGUUAACACGGAGGAAAAGAAGAUGAUACUGCUAGAUUUUGUCCAAAGGAUGAGAGUAGAAAAAUUCCUACCUGGUUACCUGUCAGUUUAUGAGCUACAUAAAAUUUAAUAACACUUUAGUGUACAAUUGUGCAACGCUUUUAAAACCUCACAUCUAAUAUUAGUUUUAAAAGUAUACCUAUAA